GGCAGCGCCGCGCCGCGCCGCGCCGCGCCGACGGCCAUGGAGGCCCGCGGGCUGCGGCCGCUGCGCCGCGCCCGAGCCGGAGCCGGAGCCGGAGCCGGAGCCGUGCUGCUGCUGCUGCUGCUGAGCUGCGGAGCCGCGCAGGAGCUGAGCCCCCGCGGCAGGAACGUCUGCAGGGCCGGCGGCUCCUCAGUGCUUGUGUGCUGUCCAGGAUGGAGGCAACAAGGAAGCGAGUGUUUGAUAGCCGUCUGCGAAGGAAACUUCACCUGCAAGGAGAAUGAGGUGUGCGUGAGACCCAGCGAGUGCCGCUGCCGCCAUGGCUACUUCGGUGCCAACUGUGACACCAAGUGUCCCCGGCAGUUCUGGGGCCCUGACUGCAAGGAGAUGUGCAGCUGCCACCCCAAUGGGCAGUGCGAGGACGUGACAGGCCAGUGCACCUGCAACCCCAACCGCUGGGGCCCCAAGUGUGAGAAUGUCUGCCUCUGCAAGCACGGCAAGUGCGACCAGAAGACGGGCAAGUGCACCUGCGAGCCGAACUGGUGGGGGCCCCAGUGCUCCAGCUCCUGCUACUGCAGCCACAACUCCCAGUGUGACCAGCAGACCGGGAACUGCCUGUGCCAGCCAGGCUGGUGGGGCCGUGGCUGCAACAACCAGUGCUCCUGCAACAACUCGCCCUGCGAACAGUUCACGGGGCGCUGCCAGUGCCGUGAGCGGACGUUUGGUCCCCGCUGUGACCGCUACUGCCAAUGCUACAAGGGCAAAUGCAACCAGGUGGAUGGGACCUGCACGUGCGAGCCGGGGUACCGGGGCAAAUACUGCCGCGAGCCCUGCCCCGCUGGUUUCUACGGCCAAGGCUGCCGGCGGCGUUGUGGGCAGUGCAAGAGCCUGCAGCCCUGCACCGUGGCGGAUGGGCGCUGCCUGACCUGCGAGGCAGGCUGGAACGGCACCAAGUGCGACCAGCCCUGCUCAGCCGGCUUCUAUGGUGAGGGCUGCGAGAAGGUCUGUCCCCCCUGCAAGGAUGGCCACACCUGCAACCACAUCAAUGGCAAGUGCUCGCAUUGCAACCCCGGCUGGAUUGGUGACCGGUGCGAAACCAAGUGCCGCAAUGGGACGUACGGGGAGAACUGCGCCUUCGUCUGCAGCGACUGCGUCAACGGCGAGUGCCACUUCGAGACGGGCAGGUGCCUGUGCCGCGCCGGAUCCCAUGGCACGUACUGUAACCUCACCUGCCCGCUCGGCCACUACGGAGCCAACUGUGCCGAAGUCUGCAGCUGCCACGACGGCACGUGUGACCCGCUGACGGGCGCCUGCCACAUGGAGGCCAACCAGCGGAUGGGGGUGAUCGGGGCCGGAGCCCUCCUGGCGCUGCUGCUCAUCCUCCUGCUCUCGCUGCUCUGCUGCUGCUGCGUCUGCCGCAAGAAAGACGAAGCCCGUGGAGCAAAUCAGGACCCGGCAGCAGCCAAGAAACCGCCGAGACGCUUGUGUGGGCGCUUCAGCCGGAUCAGCAUGAAGCUCCCGCGCAUCCCCCUGCGCCGCCAGAAGUUGCCCAAGGUUGUAGUGGCUCACCACGACCUGGAGAACACCCUGAACUGCAGCUUCAUCGAGCCACCCUCAGUGGUGGAGCAGCCCUCCCCGUCCUGGUCCUCCCGCGGCUCCUUCUCCUCAUUUGACACUACAGACGAGGGGCCAGUGUACUGCGUCCCCCAUGAAGAGAGUGUGGGUGACAGCAGGGACCGGGGGACGUCCUCCAGCCCUGGAGAGAAGCUGGUGGCCCCAGGCGGCGGGGAAGAGGCAGGCGAGUACACCUUCCUGAAGGAGACUGGCUCCGUCAAAGCCUUCCAGGCCGACAGCAGUGAAAUGCCCCUGCUCAAGUCCUCGGACAGUGAGCGCUCAUCCUGCGGGUCGGGCUCAGCCAGUGCCGCCCUCUAUGCCAGGGUCGCCCGCCUCUCCAAGCAGUCCAAGGAGGAGGAAGAAAUGGCAGCGGAGCCCAGGGGCCCCGGGAAGCCACCAUCCCCAGAGAGAACCAAGCCCCGUCCCCCCGACCCAUCCACCAAGCCCAAGGUGUCCUGGAUCCACGGCCGGUACAACUCCAACCAGUCCAACUCGCUGCCGGCACCCAGCCGGUCCCCGGAGCAAGUGGCUGCGCGGCCCAGCAGCCCCGAGCACAGCCAGGGCUUGGCCAAGAGGAAGAGGAGCCCCAGCGAGACGUCAGCCUGCAUGCACAGCAAAGCAGAGGAGAAGGGCAGCACGCGCAGCAAGGAGAGAACGCAGAAGCACCCCAAGGAGCCCGGUGUCCCCGAAGGCAAAGCCGGCCUCACCGUGGAGCCCCAGUCACCCUCCAAGCCCAAGCAGAGGAGCAAGGCCAACUCGGAGCAGAUGGAGAACAUCAACGGGGCGGUGCAGAACGCCUUCAAAAAGAUGGGCGGCUUCCACCCAGAGCGGCGCACCGGGGAGGCUCCCCGCAGCCCCAGUGCCAGCAAGCCACGCUCUGAGACCCUCCAUCCCCACCUGGCCUCCGAGGCAGCCACGCUGCUGGCUGCCCAGCUGAAGGAAAAGACUCAGAGCCUCAACAAGGGGGAGGGCAGCGCCCGGCCCAACGGGGUGGGUGCCCAGCGGGAGAAGCCCACCCCGCCCCAGAAAGCCAAGCGCUCAGCAGCUGCUGGCAGCCAGAAGGCCAGCAAGCCCCUGCUGCCCACCUCGCCCAACCUGCAGAAACUGAUCCCCACUGCGGCCGAGCCAGCGGCCGGGGAGCCCAGGCGGGCAGAGAAGCAAACCUCCGUUAGCAGCCAGGACCCGGCUCCCCAGAGCGAGCAAGCAGCCAAGAAGACGCCCAUUAAAAAGCCUCCCAGGAAGAAGAGCCGAGAAGCCACCCUGGAGCCGCCCAAAGCAGCUGCGGUGCCCGCUCAGACGGUGCAGUGAUGGGGAGCCUGGCACCCAGCCCCAUGCCAGCCUGCCCCACACCGGGUGUGGUUGGGCAGGAGGAAGGACGUUUGCAGGCACGUGGGGGCCUGGACUGGAGAGGGGGCACCGGGAGAGCCGCCCAGCCUCCUCUUUCCCCCGUCUCUUCCCUCACCCUCCUUUUCCCUUAGUCCCAUCUCCUCCCCUGCCCUGGUACCCCCCUGUGCCCUGCUCCCCACUCCCCAGGCAGGGGCAGGAGCUGGGCCCCCCCCCCCCUUUUGUUAGCAGUAUUAUCAAUCGCAUAAGCAGUGCUUGUUGUACUAGACGUACCCAUGUUAUAUUCUGCAGUAACGGAGCCACCUGCUUCCCACGCCCCACUCCGGUCCGUCGGUCCCCGUCGUGGCGGGGGUGAGGGGAUGAGCGGGGCCGUGGCUGGGGACGUGCCCCACAUCCUCGCCCAUGCCUGGGCUGCUCCCACAGCCCUGCGCUGCCGCUUCAGCUUCUCCGCUCCUGGAGGCACAGCCCCUGGUGCCGCUGCCCCCCUGGUGCCGCUGUCCCUCCGCCACCACGCUGCUCCUGGCAUGGGGUCGAGCUGGUUUCGACCAAUGUCCCCUGGCCCUGGGGCUGCCUCUGCCAGGAGCAGCCAGCAGGAAAGCACUAUUUAUGGCCAGAGCCAGACGCCGCUCAGGGAGGCUGUCACAGCUCCGGGGGCCCAGCCAGCAGAGUCGAGCGGAUGAGUUUGGUACGACAGAGCCUGGCAUCUCUGCAGAGCGCUUUUCUAAUAAAGUGUAUUUCUUCCAUA